AUGUCGUCGUCAAGCGAACUAACCAACAAGGACAGUUCAUUGUCUCAGGAAGACCCAAAAUAUGCGGAAAGUAAUAAACUUAAGACAGUAGAACUGAAUAGUCUAAACCUGUCCGUAUCAUCACUCAACUCAAGCCGAGAAGGAUCUCCUCUCAGAGAACCAUUAGCUUACGACAAUGAUUUACAUGGAGUCAACUCAAAGAUAAGGAGAAGGUCUAGUGUUGGAAAUAAAUCGGAUAGAGGAAGAUCACAUUCUCUUGUUAGCUCCCUAGCUGACCAUUUAUCAGGACGAGGGCAUUCUAUGAGUAGACAUUCAGUAGACAGUCAACAAAGCUUGAGUAGGUAUUCUACAAGUUAUUCGGUUAAGGAGAUAUAUGGUGACAUGCCUGAAGAGGAAAUAAUGCUUCAAAGAAGUGCAACGAAGUCUACCAUUUUAAAUACUCUUUCAAAGAGAGUUGAGAACGCGAAUAUAGAAGCAGAAAGAGGUGAAAAUUUCGAUAAAGAAAGCAAAGUAGACGAGCGUAUUUCGGAAGAAGAUAGGUUGUACCAGGAAGUUCCAGAUAUUCCUGUACCCACCACAAAGUUUGGAGGUGAAUUCAGCAGUAUCGAUCCUGAAUUAGUUACGUGGGAUGGUAGAGAUGAUCCAGAAUAUCCAAGAAAUUGGUCCCUUGGAUCAAAGAUUUUGCAAACUGCUAUUGUUUCUAUUUAUACCUUAAUUCCCCCAAUGUCGUCAUCAGUUUGUUCACCAGCUAUGCCUGAUAUCGCUGAGUCACUUGGAAUGAAUUCUCAAUUCCUUCAAUCAUUUUCUGUUUCAAUUAUGGUUUUAGCAUGGGCACUAGGUCCUAUUAUUAUCGCUCCUUUGUCAGAAUCUGAUAAAAUCGGUAGAAGAUGGGUCCUUAACAUAUCCGUUUGGAUUAGUUUUAUAUUUAAUCUCGCAUGUGCCUUCUCAAAGAACACAGCACAAUUAUGUAUCUUUAGAUUUUUAGGAGGUCUUGGGGGAGCUGCUCCAUUAAAUGUUGGAGCUGGUACUAUUGCUGAUUUAUGGGAUGAUAGAGGUAGACAGUUUGCAAUGGCUGCAUAUUCAAUCAGCCCUUCAUUAGGACCUGUGAUUUCGCCAAUUAUGUCGGGAUUUAUUGUUGAAAACACGCAUUGGAAGUGGGUGUUUCUUGUUUUAGCCAUAUUAAACGCAGUUGUUGCUUUUGUUGGUACAUUAUUAUUCAAAGAAACCUACUCGCCAAAAUUAUUAAGUCUUAAGGCUAAGAGAUUGAGAAAAGAAACAGGCAAUGUUCAUUUACAUACAAUUUUCGAGAUCGCUAACGGCGAGACUACGUCUGAAAAGGUAUUCAAUACCGUGACAAGACCCUUGCAACUACUUAUUUCUCAUCCGAUGUGUUUUGGUUUAGGUUCAUUCAUGGCCUUCAUAUAUGGUUUUAUGUAUUUGAUGGUCGUUACAUUCCCAGGUGUAUUUCAAAGAAAUUAUGGAUUCUCAGUAGGUAUUUCAGGUUUGAUGUUUGUGCCGAUGGGAAUUGGCUAUGUUGUUGGUAUUGGGUUCUGGACAUGGCUCAUAGACUAUUUUUAUAUAAAAUUAACGGAAAGAAACAAUGGUGUCAGUAAACCAGAGUACCGGUUACCAUGUUUGUGCUUUGCAGGUAUUGGUAUACCGGUUGGUCUUGUGUGGUAUGGUUGGUCAGCUCAGAAAGAAAUACACUGGAUAAUGCCAGCAAUUGGAAGUUGUAUUUUUGCAUUUGCAUACAUUCCUGUGUUCCAGACUAUUCAAAAUUAUUUGAUUGAUAUGAAUACCCGUCUUUCUGCUUCGUCUAUUGCUUCAUGUUCGAUUUACAGAUCUAUUUUUGGGUUUGCAUUGCCACUUGCAGCUGAUCCAAUGUACAAAAAACUUAACUAUGGUUGGGGUAACACUAUGUGUGCGUUCAUUGCAUUCGCCUUAGGAAUACCAUUUCCAAUAUUCUGUUUAAUGUACGGUGAAAGACUCAGAGACUGGGCCAACAGAAGACUCGACAAGAAGCAGGCUGCCAGAGACGCAAGAAACUUGAAAAGAUUGCAACAGCAAAAUGAAAAUGAACUUGCUAAAAUGGACAAGUCGCAACCUGUCAUGGAUUCUUCAUUUCUGAAGACCGACUAG